AUGGGUGUUCUGACACUGGUUCAUAUCCUUGUCAGCUUUGCUGCUUGUGCUGAAGCUCUAAGGAGGGCAGACUUCCCUCAAGGUUUUGUCUUUGGCACUGCUUCUUCAGCUUACCAGUAUGAAGGCGCUGUCAACGAGGGUCAACGUGGACCUACAAUAUGGGAUACUCUCACAAGACGACCUGGUCGGGUGAUAGAUUUCAGCAAUGCAGAUGUUGCCGUUGAUCACUACCAUCGUUAUAAGGAAGAUGUGGACUUGAUUAAGGACAUUGGCAUGGAUGCAUACCGGUUCUCUAUCUCAUGGUCUCGUAUCUUUCCAAAUGGAACUGGUGAACCUAAUGAAGAAGGAUUGAAUUACUAUAACAGCCUCAUAGAUGUUCUAUUAGACAAAGGUAUACAACCAUAUGUAACACUCUUUCACUGGGACCUUCCGCAAGCACUAGAAGACAGAUAUGGUGGAUGGUUAAAUUCCCAAAUUGUGAAUGAUUUCGUUCACUUUGCCUCUACUUGCUUCAAGGAAUUUGGAGAUAGAGUGAAACACUGGAUCACUUUCAAUGAGCCCCAUAAUUUUGCGAUUGAUGGCUAUGACUUUGGCAUCCAGGCACCUGGGAGGUGUUCUAUUCUGUCUCAUAUAUUCUGUAGGGAGGGAAAAUCGUCAACUGAACCGUAUGUUGUAGCUCACAACAUACUCUUAGCGCAUGCUGGUGCUUUUCAUUCUUAUAAGCAGCAUUUCAAGAAAGAACAAGGAGGUAUCGUAGGCAUUGCACUUGAUUCAAAGUGGUAUGAACCAUUGUCAGAUGUUGAUGAGGACACAGAGGCAGCAGCACGAGCAAUGGACUUUGAGCUUGGAUGGUUCCUGGAUCCCUUAAUGUUUGGCCACUAUCCUCCUUCUAUGCAAAAACUUGCAGGGGAUAGGCUGCCUCAGUUUUCAACUCAGGCUUCGAAGUUAGUAUCAGGCUCAUUAGAUUUUGUGGGCAUAAACCACUAUACCACAUUGUAUGUUAGGAACGACAGAAUGCGGAUCAGGAAACUUGUAAUGAAUGAUGCUUCAACUGAUGCUGUGAUCAUACCUACUGCUUAUAGACAUGGAAAGAAAAUAGGAGACACGGCAGCGUCAGGAUGGCUGCACAUAGUACCCUGGGGCAUGUUCAAACUGAUGAAGCACAUCAAAGAAAAGUAUGGAAAUCCGCCAGUGAUCAUCACUGAAAACGGCAUGGAUGACGCGAACAAUCGGUUUUCGAGACUGGAGAAUGAUCUGCAGGAUGAUAAACGGAUACAGUACCACAACGACUACAUGUCUAACCUCCUAGAUGCAAUAAGGAAGGAAGGCUGCAACGUCCACGGUUACUUCGUAUGGUCACUGCUGGAUAACUGGGAGUGGAACUCCGGGUACACGAAGCGGUUUGGACUCUACUACAUUGACUACAACAACAACCUGACAAGGAUACCCAAGGCGUCAGUGGAAUGGUUCAGGCAGAAAUCAACGAGAAUGAGAUUGCAGCGUCACAUCCUGUAUGUUCAUGGUACCACCAAUGCUGAAAUUUCAGUGAAGGGCAAAGGCUUUGCAGCAUCCGGGGCAUCGAGUGCCAGUCUGCAGCUGACCCCAAGUACCCAACCAAACGACUCGACAGAAGAGAAAACUGCACAGGAAGAAGGAAUGGAAAAUGUGGAGACCGAGGCGAGAGAUGGGGAAAAGGGCAGGUAG